AAAGAAUGGUACGUAUGUUCUUUGAUCAUUUAAGUUAAACUUUUCUAGAUCCCUUUGAUAAAUUAUAGUCUGUUGCAUUAAUUUUUUGGAUAGGUAUAAUGCAAAUAAAGAAGAAAUUGCAGAGUUGAUACAACAAAUGACAUACAAAGAUUCAUCUAAGCUGUUGCCACCUCCAAGUGCUAAUGACAUGAUCAGUGUAGCCAAUGCACUUAACACACUCAAAGAUGUGAAAACAUCUUGGAUAACAGGAAAAAUCAGUUUGAUCCCUGGGCAACAAAAAUUCUGGUUUGAAGCAUGUGAGAACUGCCAAAAGGCUAUCAAUGUUGACGUAGGAUGGGUUAUGAGAUGCUCAUCUUGCAAAGAAGAGAGUAAAGUUGUAGCAAGGACCCGAAUUGGGAUUACUGUGGAUGAUGGUACAGGCUCCAUAAACAUUGUUAUCUUUGACCUUGAUGCUGAAAAGCUUAUCCCAUUUACAGCUCUUCAAUUCUGGGAAGCUCAUAAUGAGGAGCUUAACUUUCUGCUGAACUUACAUCUGCAAUCGGAAAGCAUUCGAUUGUGUGUUUCAUUCGCUACUAUGAGGUAGAUUAUCAAGGCCAGAAAGAAGGCAAGUAUAAUAUUGUCAAGGCAUACACUACUGAGGAAUCAGUUCACAUUCCAAUGGCAAUCACGACUGUAGAAACGAAUGAAAAAAUUCCAGACCUUCAUGCUACUGUCCUGCAGUCUGCUAAAAAAAAUGAAAUUUUCAGUCCAUCAACCAAAAAAUUGCUUGAUACCAUCGCUAAAUCUUCUGCUACUGCAAACAAAGUGCCACCCCCAGUGACCAUAGCAAAAAGGACCUUGGUUUUUGGAACUGUGCCUUUUGAAAUUGGUUUGAAUUCUGCUGAAGCUAAUACAUCUACCUCGCUGCCCACCAAUGCACCUGGAAGUCCCUUGAAGAAGUAGCGUGAUAAUGAACUCUGAACUUCCUUGAAGCCUUUUAAAUUGCUAAUUUUGCUAAUGUUGAAGCACUUUACAGCUAAAUUACUAAUCUUGCAUCUUUUGACAUAAUAUUGAAAUCUAUUAAGAAAUUGUUCUUUUGUGCACCUUAAUGGAUCUCAAUAUGUGAUCUUUUGUA